UCCACAUGAGUAUGAAUGUUAUCCACAAUCAAUGAAUCAACCAAUGAGGAAGAGGCGGAAGAUGAAUGUGGAGUUGAAAUAGGUGGUCAAUUCAAUUCAAUUCAUGAGACAUUGCUCUUAUCUAUCAUGGCCCAUUGGGUAACCAUCUCAACAGCCACUCCAUCUCCAUGUACGGGAAUAGCUUUCAAAAAUUCCCAACAAUCUGUUAGCAGCAGGAGGGAUGUUGGAUUGAGGUUGGUUGGUGCAGUGUUUGGGUAUGGGUUGAUUGGUACUAAUAAGAGUGCAGAUGCAGCAGCAAGGCGGCCUCCUCCGACUCCGCUGACGGAGAAAAAGGAUCCAAAUAUAAGUGGUGUGUUGGCUAAAGUAAUAGCUAGUAAGAAGAGGAAGGAAGCAAUGAAAGAGAGUAUGGCUCAGCUCAGGGAGAAAGGGAAGCUCAUCAAUCCAGCAGCAGCUGAAUAGCAUUAUAUAAAUCAUUAAUAUGCUUCUCAUUCUCAUUCUCAUUCUAAUUAUCAAUCGUCUCUUCUCCUCUCCUAGUAAUAAAAUUCAAAUUGGGUACUGCUCUC